GUUGUUUUCGUGUGUAGCUUGUGACUUGUCAUUCAGACAUCCCAGGAAUUCAACCCGACUAGUAACGAACCAGCUCGGCACAACAAGGACAUUUUAAGUGAAAAUCACGUCCUUGUCGCCGAGAAAGAUCGAGGAAACGUCGUUUGUCGUCAAAAUAGGACGAGUGUCGAGGGAGGCGGCAGCUACAUACGCUGCAGCAUGCAGAUGUGAGGUGGGACACCUGCUACCCUCCGCUGCAACCCUGGACUGAGUGACACCCUCUUCAUCCCCCUUAGUCGUCAUCAUACAUGCUCUUACAUGAAGAGAGGGGAGAAACCCGAAGGUUACAGACAGAUGAGACCGAAAACGUUCCCCACCAGCAACUACAGCGGCAACAGCCAGCAAAUGCUGCAGGAAAUAAGGGAUAGCCUGCGCAACCUGUCCAGACUCUCUGACCAGCCUAAAGUGGACAUAGGUGGAGCUGGAAAAAUGCUUCCUGAGGAUCCAAGGCAGCAAGGGCGCUGCAGCAAAAACCCCCACCAUAAGACCUUACAGGAGAUCCGGAAAUCCCUGUUGCCUUACGCCAACGAGCCCAACUGCUCAGGCCCCGAGGUGAACAAACACAUGUUCCUGGAACCCCCGUGUGCGGCAUUCGAGGAGCUGAGCAACGGUCGCAACAUGGGGGUGGCUAUAGACUACAUGGGUAAGGUGACCUACCAGGACCCGAUGAGGGAACAGAUGGCUGCUGCCAACCCCAACACUACAGGCCUGAAAGCCCCAGGUCCUUCUCAUAUGCAGCAGUCUGUGCUGAGGAGGCCGAGCUGGAAAGGCUCCAAAGAGUCUCUGGCUACUCGACACGGUCCCAUCAUGGCAGAGGGGAUGAUGUACCGCUCUGACAGCCCUGGUCCGCCUCCUGCCUUCCCACAGAGUCACCCCGCUAACAGCCAGAGAGUCAACCCUCCGCUGCCGCCUCAGGUGCGCAGCGUGACGCCUCCACCGAACCGCAGCGCCAUGCCUCCUGUAUCGUCCUGGGACAACAACCCUUCGACCAAGCGCUACUCCGGUAACAUGGAUUACCUUGUGCACCGCAUCUCUCCGGUGCCCCAGGUGGGCUGGCCUGAUGGGUACUCGGCUGCGGUACCUCAGAAUCAGCGCGGGAUCAGCUCAGCGCACCAGCCCAUCAUAAUGCCAAGCUCUGGAGGGAGUAAGUUCCCCUUCCCCUCCAGCUGGUCCCAGAACGGGUCCUCUCAGCCAGACUACAUGACAGGAGGCAGCCGACAGCCUCCUCCCCCAUACCCGGUCAACCAGAACAGCCGGCACAGUCCCACCGAUCAGCAGAUGCAGGCAGGAGGACCUGCAUCCUCUCCCUCUUACGUCAACGGUGGAAACAUCCCUCAAUCCAUGAUGGUUCCAAACCGGAACAGUCACAACCUUGACAUGUGCAACUUAGGUCCUCCCCAGUCCUGGUCCCAGCCCCCUCUGGCCCCUAGCCAAUCACAGUCGUCCUCCGGCAACAGCAGCAACCAGGAUCUGUCGCCGUCGUGGCAGCACAACAUGCCGAACCGCUCCAACUCCUUCAACAACCACCAGCUGAACGGCAGAGCGGCUCACCCGGCCAGCUCCCAGCCCUCAGCCACCACGGUCACCGCCAUCACCCAGGCUCCCAUCCUGCAGCCGGUCAAAAGUAUGCGUGUUCACAAACCUGAGUUACUCACCGCUGUUGCGCCCACACACCCUCCGUGGAUGCAGCAGGCUCCGCCCCCUCCGGCUGCACCUGCCUACCCCGAACCCCCAGCCCCUAUCCCUCAGAUCCCUGUAGUAGCAGAGGCACCCAGCUACCAGGGUCCCCCUCCUCCCUACCCCAAGCACCUCCUCCAGCAGGCGGCCGCCCCCUGCCCGCCAGCGUAUGAUUCAGGCCCCAAUAAGCUCGGCUCUGGGAGGGACGAGCCCGCUGAGGAGGAGGGCGGCGGUGGAGGCGGAGGCGGGAGUAGCGGCGGCGACAGCUCCAGAGACAAGACGGCAGAAAACCCCAAAAGCACUGCAGCGACGGAGAAGGAGAAGAAACAGAUCACGACAUCGCCCGUCCCUGUCCGCCGCAACAAGAAAGAUGAGGAGCGGAGAGGGGAGUCAGGCAGGGUCGCGCUGUACUCCCCUCAGGCCUUCAAGUUCUUCAUGGAGCAGCACGUGGAGAACAUCCUGAAGAACCACCAGCAGCGGAUCAGAAGGAGGAAGCAGCUGGAAAGCGAAAUGCAAAGGGUGGGUCUGUCCUCAGAAGCUCAGGAGCAGAUGCGUAUGAUGCUCUGUCAGAAAGAGUCCAACUAUAUCCGGCUAAAGCGAGCCAAAAUGGACAAGUCCAUGUUCAAACGAAUCAAGACCCUCGGCAUCGGUGCUUUCGGCGAGGUGUGCUUGGCCCGAAAGGAGGACACAGGAGCGCUGUACGCCAUGAAAACGCUCCGCAAGAAGGACGUGCUGCUGAGGAACCAGGUGGCCCACGUCAAGGCCGAGAGGGACAUCCUGGCCGAGGCCGACAACGAGUGGGUGGUGCGUCUCUACUACUCCUUCCAAGACAAGGACAACCUGUACUUCGUCAUGGAGUACAUCCCCGGAGGCGACAUGAUGAGCCUCCUCAUCCGGCUCGGCAUCUUCAAAGAGGAACUGGCCCAGUUUUACAUCGCGGAGCUCACCUGCGCCGUGGAGAGCGUCCACAAGAUGGGCUUCAUCCACCGGGACAUCAAGCCUGAUAACAUCCUCAUAGACCGAGACGGACACAUAAAGCUGACCGACUUCGGCCUUUGUACCGGCUUCCGCUGGACGCACGACUCCAAGUAUUACCAGAGUGGGGACCACGUGAGGCAGGACAGCAUGGACUUCAGUAAGGAAUGGGAAGACCCAACGAACUGCCGCUGCACAGAUCGUCUGAAGCCUCUGGAGAGGAGGAAGGCCCGGCAGCACCAGCGCUGUCUGGCCCAUUCGCUGGUGGGGACGCCCAACUACAUAGCACCUGAAGUGCUGCUCCGAACAGGAUACACCCAGCUCUGUGAUUGGUGGAGUGUUGGUGUCAUCUUAUAUGAGAUGGUUGUUGGACAGCCUCCCUUCUUAGCGACCACGCCCCUGGAGACGCAGCUGAAGGUGAUAAACUGGAAGAGCACGCUGCACAUUCCCCCGCCGGCGAAACUCAGCCCUGAGGCGUCUGAUCUCAUCGUUAAACUGUGCCGAGGCCCCGAGGACCGCCUAGGCAAGAACGGCGCAGACGAAAUCAAAGCCCAUCCUUUCUUCAAGACCAUCGACUUCUCCAGCGACCUGAGGCAGCAGGCGGCGCCCUACGUCCCCACCAUCGCCCACUCUACGGACACCUCCAACUUCGACCCCGUGGACCCGGACAAACUGUGGAGCAGCGACAGCGACGGCGAGGACAACCGCAACGACACCCUCAACGGCUGGUUCCGCAACGGCAAGCACCCCGAGCACGCCUUCUACGAGUUCACCUUCCGCCGCUUCUUCGAUGACAAUGGCCACCCGUACAGCUGCCCCAAGCCCAUCGAGUACGAGGGCUACAACGAGGAUGAGGCGGACUCGGAGGGCCAGGCGCAGGAGGCGUCCAGGAGCUCGGCGAUGCAGGGCCGAGACCUGGUCUACGUGUAGCACCUGGGUCCCGAGCUGAGCUGCUUGUACAUAACGAGUUUGUGGAGGGUGUUUGUGUGUGUGUGAAGAGGGGGGGGGGGUGCAACGGUACAGCGUUUAAAACCUGAAACACAGGAGAGUACGUUUGUAGGAUCAGUCAGAACACUCACAGACUUUAAUGCUAACUUCACACUACAAGUUAAAGGAGCAGUUUGACAUCACAGGAAAACACGACAGUUUGCUGAGAGUUAGACGAGAAGAUCGAUACCUCACUCAUGUUUGUGCUGUAAAUAUGAAGCUACAGCAGCAGCUAGUUAGCGGAGCUUAGCAUCAAGACUGGAAACAGCCUGCAACUAAGGAUUAUUUUCAUUAUCUGCUAAAUGUUUUAUCACAGAAACUCACAGCUUUCCCUUUUUAAAACCUUCAUGUCGCUUAAUUUUCGUCCUGACACAAACUUCCUGCAACUUCUCUUGAGAUGUGAUGGUAUCUUUAGCAUUCACUCUGGUUAAAAUCUCUUGAAAACACACACAUUAAGUCUCAAAUUAGUAAAAGAAGAAACGCAGGUUAUAACUUUUUGUUUUUUUUGCCACGGCAAGAUGAUGCGUUUAGGUGUCUCAUUAAGUUUGGUCGUAUAUAUGACAGAAAGUCCUCAGUUUUAGAAGGUGGAACCAGGAGUUUUUUGCUUUUAAAAUAACAGAAAUAAUCCCUUGAUUAUGAAAAUCAUUGGUAAUUAAUUUUCUGUCAAUCAACUAAUCAUUAAGCUCAUUUGUUUCGGGGUUAUUAGCUGCCCUAAAACCUAAAACCUCUUGGACACCAUUCUUCACUUGAUAAAGUUUUGGUUCUUAUAAUCACUGCUACAGACCUGCAUACAGAACAGGACAGUGAAAUACUAACAUAGGCGAUUAUUUUUAAUAUAGAACAAUAGCCAUUUUGUUUGGGGUGUGUCGUCAGGCUUGUGCACAGAAAAGUGAACUUAUUGAACGGUUAAACAGUGCAGUGUCUUCCUGAGAGUUGCAACCACAGCUUGUUAUUUUCUACACUUUAGUUUGAAAAUAAAGAAGAUGAAACAUGUUAAUUAAUAGAUUUAAAGGUCUUUCCUGCGAGUAUAGUGAGUGGUAUCAAUCUUCUCAUUGAAUAAGGUGCUCUGAGAGUAGCUUUUCAUGCGGUUUUAUUGAUGAACAGACUCUAAAAUCAGUCUGGAUUCACCAAAAACCAGAUUUGUUCUGGCAGUUUUAGCAACACACUGUGUUUUCCUAAGUUGUUGAACUGUUCCUUUAACAUGUGAGCGGUACACUGUACAGUACGACGUGCGCUGCUCCUGAGGAAGCAAACGCAGAAUAAAAAAAAGAAAUCAGGGUGCUCUUCUGCUCUUCUUUGACGACUUAUCACAAACCCCCUUAAAGCCUUAAUUUAUUUAAGAAAACUGUACCUGUUGAUGCUAGUGUAGAUGCUGUUUGAGUGUGGGAAUUACAUUUAUUGGUUUAAAAAAAAGAAGCAAAAAAAGAAAGAAAUCGUCUUAAUUUAUAUUUUAAUGUCUGCAAUGGGGGAUUUAGUUUUGUGACUCAUAGAAAUUUGCAGGGAUAAAUUGCUCUAAUUAUUCAUUGCUGUGCCUUUUUGAUUUUGUAUUUUUUUUUUUAAUCUUUCACCAAAUAUAAAGAGGGUUAAUAAUCAGACUGGCAUUUUAAAAUGAGAGUAGCAGUAGCGUGAUUGAUUUAGAGUAGGUUUUUGUUGUUUUAUUUUUCUAAUUUAUACCUAAAAUGUAUUUAUAAAUUAAGUUGUACACAGUUGAUGUAAAUAUUUUUCUCUUCCCUGUCAGCUGAUCUUUUUUUUUUCUUAGGGCAGGCCCUCGUCGGUGUCCACUGCUGCUGCCUUCUGUCUUUAUGUUGUGUUACUUUCUGUCUCUUAUACACCCAAAAUCACUAAUUCACAGGACUUAAAUAGACUUAAUGCCUUAUAUAAAACUUAUUUUCUUUCAUCGCCGUUCACACUUCAUUCUCAUCUCUCAACCAAAGCACUAAAAAGGUGGGUUUGACAUUUUUAUUUCCCCAACCCACAUUUAGAAAAUAACGAUCACAAGACCAUGAAGUUAAUUUUUAUGGUGACACACUAUCAACCAGAAAUGCCUUCAUUUUGUAGUUCUCUAUAUUGUGUACAAGGACCUUUGGGGGGGGGGGCUUGAAACACUACAGCCGAGUUUUUCGUGCCUCUGUACUGAAAACAAAAAAAACAAAAACUGGAUCGAUGGGCCGACAGCGGAGACGACAGCUCUCUGUAACAUAUGAUCAUGAUUUUGUAACCCGCUGUACUUUUCUUUGUGUUUUAGGAAAAGAUCUCUGAAUGUAGUUAUUAUGGACUUAAUGGUGACCACUGGCAUUCUGCACUGGUUUUGUGUUUUCAUUGUUAAGUGAGAGAAUUUUAUUUUUGUGUACGUUGUUGCUCUGGGAGGUUUGGGUACGGGGGAAGAGGGUGAUAAAUAAAGAAUGUAAAGAACAAAACAUGUUUUACAUCCACA